AUGUUAGUGACCGUCAACAGCAUCAAAAACCACUGGGAGACCACAGCAUCGUCAGCCGAGGAUGCAGACACCUCGAACACGUGCAGUUUGGAGGUGAAAGAGAACCAGGUUGAUACGCGACCUCUUGACUGUGACCUUCUGCGGAAAUAUCAUCCAUCUGAGUUUUGCUCAACUCUACCAGCGUGCGAACCCCGAGCUCUUAAAAGGAAGCAGCCGCUGGGGAAUGGAAAAGACCGACUGCUUUACCGAAGCCACCUGGCGUGUAAAAGAGCGGCGUGGGCUGUCACUCAUAAGAACGCGCUGGUGCAGCUGAACGAGCUACGACCCGGUCUGCGGUAUGAGAUCGUGUCAAAGAGUGGCCCGCUGCAUGCUCCGGUGUUUUCCGUGGGUGUGGAAGUGAAUGGUUUCCAGUUUGAAGGCGUAGGACGGACCAAAAAGCAGGCAAAGAUGAGGGCUGCAGAACUCGCUCUGCGGUCAUUCAUUCAGUUCCCAAACGCCUCCCAGGCGCACGCCACUAUGGGGAACUUAACCAGCGCUCGUACGGAUUUUACAGCAGAUAAACUGGACUUCCCCGACUCUUUACUCAAAGAGUUCGAGCCAUCGCUGCGAGAAAAUGGCGACCUCAUGUACUGCAACACAGCCAAAAAGGCAGUUUUCUCCAGUAUUUACGACCGCAGACGACUCGUCCGACUCACACUGGACUUGGUCUCUUCCACAAGUCCAAAAAGACCAGUACUCACCACCUCACUUUUUAAACACCUCAGCCCUGUGCUGCUGCUAAACGAACUGCGACCAGGACUCAGGUACAUGUGCCUGACAGAGAGAGUUAACGGCAGGCCAAUGAGGAGCUUUGUCAUGGUGGUUAGGGUGGAGGGGAAAGUGUUUGAAGGGUGUGGUCACAGUAAGAGGCAGGCCAAGGCCCAGGCAGCAGCAGCCGCCCUACAGGACAUGUACAACAUUUGUCCAGGACCGGAGGGGAGGAUCAUGGGUCUUCAGGGAAGCAGAGCCAAAAAUCAGCUACCUCAGUUUUUUGCAGAGUCGAUCUCCAACCUGGUGAGAGAGAAAUACACCGAGCUGACGGACAGUUGUCCCUCUACCUCGCAUGCCCGUCAGAAGGCGCUGGCAGGAAUCGUAAUGACCCGAGGGUUUGACCUCAGAUCCGCACGGGUUGUGUCUCUGGCCACAGGGACAAAGUGUUUGGACUCGGACAAUGUGAGUGACCACGGUGGGACGCUCAGAGACUGCCACGCCGAAGCUGUCAGCAGGAGGGCGCUGGUUCGAUUCCUGUAUGCUCAGCUGGAGCUUCUGCUCUGUAAGCGAGCAGAUUGUGCGGAACGAUCCAUCUUUGUGCCCAAUAAAGUCGGCAGUGACUGUGGUGGCAGCAACAGCGGCUUCAGAUUACAAGAUGGCGUCCUCUUCCACAUGUACGUCAGCUCGUCGCCGUGCGGAGACGCUCGGCUCAACUGCCCCUACGAGACCACAGCUGCAUGUGAGAAGAUGAUGGUGAAAAUGAUGAUCCGCAGAUUUCGCUGUCACCUCAGGGUGAAGGUGGACGGAGGCGAGGGGACGCUGCCUUUUACAGCACGAAGAGCCAAUCAGAAAAGGGAUGGUGUGGCACUGGGCAAACCUUUCGUCACCAUGUCAUGCACGGACAAGAUGGCAAAGUGGAGUGUUUUGGGCCUCCAAGGGGCUCUCUUGUCUCACCUGGUGGAGCCAGUAUACCUGCACAGCCUGACGGUGGGGACACUCAGCCACACAGGUCACCUGUGCCGGGCCAUGACACGACGCCUCGCACCUGUCAAGCACCUACCAUUCCCAUACAGAAGACAGCAGCUGCUGCUAGGCUGUCUGAGCAGCAGGGAUGUGCGGCCGGCGGGGAAAACGCCGAAUGUCAGUGUGAACUGGAGCUGUGGCGAUGAAGCCUUGGAGGAGAUUAGCACUUCCACAGGAAGGAAAAGGGACUCAGGGACGCCGUCACGGCUCUGCAGGCGCUCCAUGUUCACCCGCUGGCAGAGGCUGCAGCAGCAGUUGAAUGGACAGAUAUUGGGCGCAGAAGCCACUUCGAGGACAUACUCUGGUUCCAAGAUGGCUGCAGGACAAUACCAAAGGGCGAUGCAGCAGUUCAACAGCGCUUUGCAGAGUGGAGGGUUGGGAACUUGGCUCAGAAAACCCCAAGAACUUUGCAACUUUGACAACCGAGCAUGA